AUCAUACUGGGAGUCUGUGAGCAGCGGAACCCAGCACAGGCACAGGACUGCUGGGAGGACAGGAGCCAUGGCCAUGCUCUCAACUUUUCAGCUGCUCUUUCUGUUCCAGCUCUUAACAUCAUCUCUUACCCAGCUGAGGCCAGGCCCCCAUGGAGCACCUGGACUGCAGGGGCCCCCAGGACCCCCGGGGAAAGAUGGCAUUGAUGGUAAACCUGGUCCUGCAGGACUUCCUGGAAAGCCUGGGCCAAAAGGAAAGGCUGGUACACCCGGGGUCGCAGGAAGUCCGGGAUUGCCUGGCCUCCCUGGAGUGGAUGGUUUAACUGGUUCUGAUGGGCCAGCUGGUAAGGAAGGACCACCAGGAGCAACUGGUGACCCGGGACCUCCUGGACCAGGUGGACCACCUGGCAGAGGCAGACCAGGAGCUGCUGGUCUUUCUGGAGCUAAUGGACAUCCAGGUGGAGCUGGACCCCAAGGCCCUUCGGGGUCUGACGGUCUUCCUGGACUUCCUGGUUUACCGGGCCCAGAUGGACCACCUGGACUUCCAGGAACUCUUCCUGAAGGCAGUGGAGAUCUGCUGUGUCCUGCCAUCUGCCCACCGGGUCCUCCCGGACCACCCGGAAUGCCUGGAUUCAAGGGUCAUACAGGUCAUAAAGGCAGUAAAGGAGAGGUGGGGAAAGAUGGAGAGAAGGGUGAUCAGGGUCCACCUGGUCCACCUGGAAUUCCGGGAACAGUGGGUUUACAGGGUUCUCGGGGUCUGAGAGGUCUUCAGGGUCCAGUGGGUGCAGUAGGAGAUAGAGGAUUUCCUGGUUUCAGAGGAAAACCUGGAACUGCUGGAGUCAUUGGGAAAACAGGUGAUGCUGGUGAAAAAGGUCCUCAAGGAUUUAAAGGCCCAAAAGGAGAGAUUGGCAAAAUAGGCCCUAAGGGAGUACCUGGAGGUGUAGGACCCAAAGGCGAACCUGGCAUGCCUGGCAGAGAUGGGAAGGAUGGAACUCAAGGACUGGAUGGUGAAAAGGGUGAUGCUGGUAGACCUGGAGUACCUGGUGAGAAAGGACCUAAUGGUCUGCCUGGUUUGCAAGGAAAAGCUGGUGCAAUAGGAGCAAAGGGAGGAGUUGGCAAUGCGGGAGAGAUGGGAGAAGCUGGGCCAUCUGGAGAGCCAGGUAUCCCUGGUGAGAUUGGCAUCCCUGGCGAGAGAGGUGAGGCUGGACCCAGAGGAGUGGCUGGGGGCAUUGGACUACCAGGAAACAUUGGACCACAAGGUGUUAAAGGAUUCCAGGGCAUUAAAGGUGCUCUUGGUGACACAGGUCUGCCCGGCCCGACAGGAAUCAGAGGCGGGUUUGGUGAAAGGGGUCCAGUUGGAGCUGGUGGACCAAAAGGAGAUAUGGGAGUUGCUGGAAGUGAUGGUUUGCCAGGAGAGAACGGAGAACCUGGUCCGUAUGGUCCGGUUGGGCAGAAAGGAGAGUCUGGUAAACAUGGUGAACUGGGACCUAAAGGAGUUGUAGGACCACAGGGAGAGAUCGGAGGAAGAGGAACACCUGGAAAACCAGGACCAAUGGGAUUUCAGGGAGAACAAGGUUUCCCAGGGGUUGCUGGAAAGACUGGUGUUCCUGGCAAACUGGCCAGUGAGCAGCAGAUCAGAGAACUGUGUGGAUCAAUGAUAGAUGAUCAGAUCGCUCAGUUAGCUGCUAACCUCAGAAGACCUCUGGCUCCUGGUGCCGUGGGACGCCCGGGACCACCAGGACCUUCAGGGAAUCCCGGAGAGGUGGGAUCUAUCGGUCACCCUGGAGCGCGUGGACCACCAGGCUAUAGAGGACUGCCAGGAGAUCUUGGUGACCCUGGUCCUAGAGGUGAUGUUGGUGAGCAAGGUGAUAAGGGACCUGUCGGUAAAGCCAUUGAAGGGCCCAUUGGAGACCAGGGUGACCAGGGUUUGCCAGGAGUGCAUGGCAUCGUCAAAAAUGGGCGUGAUGGAGCACCUGGAGACCCAGGAGAAUCAGGAGAAGCUGGAAGAACAGGGCGAACAGGACACCAGGGUUCACCUGGAAUCUGUGACACUUCAGCGUGUCAGGGUCCAGUCAUUCAUGGGAAAUCCACCAACCCAAAGAACCAUUAACCAACCUGUCCACACCAUCAGGAGAGACAUGAGAAUUAAAGAUGGGAGGGGGGAGGGGAGGAACAGAAUUCCUUUUCAUAAAUGUUUUUGAGAGGGAAAAUGGAACUGCAAAAACAAAUGUCAGCGUUUUCAGAGCUGAACAAAUGUUAACUUGUUAUGUAGAUGUUAAAUGUAACUUCAAUCAGCAUAACUCAAGAACAUCUUCUGGCUUGAAGCAGCAGCAUGUGUAGAUACAACCAAAGACUAAAUACUUCACUGAGUGACACGGUGGAAACUAUUUGAUGUAAAAAAAAAAAAAAAAAAAUCUGAUUUCUUAUAGCAGCUCAAAUUAAAGUCACUUUGUACAGCACCAGUUAAAAGUGUAAUAACCCUCUAAUGAAGCAUGAAUUUUGGGCAGAGGCAACAACAGUCAAAUCUGGGGAACUGUUUCAGAUAUCAAAAACAGACGUGUAGAAAUAUUUGAUGUAUUCCAGCAAGAUUUUUAAACAUUUGUAUUUUUAUUCAAAUUCAUUUUUUUGUCAUUUUAUUCCAAGUUACUUUCUUAAAUGUUUAGUGUCCAAAAUCACCCUUUGAAGAAUAAAAAACAAAACGCAUCUAUUUGGAUGCUUCAAACACUUUUACUGUAAGAAACUGAAUUGGCCAUCUGUGGACUUUAACUCCCAAUAGAAACUAGUGCUGUAACUAUUAAAUCUACAUUAUUUUAAAUACUA